AUGAAUCCGGAUCAUCUGUUCUUGCAUUCUAAAUCAGGUUCAAAGUUACAAGUACUUUUCAUCAAUAAGAAUGCGAAGUAUACUAUGAUAUUCAGUCAUGGAAAUGCAGAGGACAUUUAUCUUGUUUAAACAUGGCUUGAAAGUUACUUCUUGAAAAACGUGCAUGUUAAUGCAGUUGUUUACGAAUACACGGGUUUUGGUGAGAGUAACGGCAAGAUUCCUCAAGAAUAGUCGCUAUACGAUGACAUUGAAACAGUUUAUCUUUACCUCACUGAGAAUCUAAAUGUCAGCCCAAAUAGAAUCAUUCUCUAUGGGAGAUCAAUUGGUUCUGGACCAUCCAGCUUUUUGGCAGAGAAAUAUGAAGUAGCUGGUGUUAUUCUACACUCUCCUAUAAUGUCUGCCUUAAGAGUUGUUUUUAAUCUAAGAUUUACCUUACCCUUUGAUAAAUUUCCAAAUAUCGACCGCAUGCCGAAGAUAGACUCCCCUGUAUUUAUCAUUCAUGGGCGGAGAGAUGAAAUAGUACCAUUUUACCAUGCAGAGGAGUUGUAUGCAGCUGCUAAGAUCAAAUAUCCACCUUACUAUGUGGAGGGAGCAGGUCACAAUAAUGUUGAGAAAUUUGCAUCAGAUUACCUAGUCAAAAUAAGAUAGUUCAUUUAAUACUUGGAUGAAUACAUCAUAGAAAGGUAAAAACUAGAGAAUAAUGCAGAAUAUGAUAAUGAAGGUGAAGGGGAUGAUACUCUUCUAGCAGACCAUAACAACAGAAUGUGA